AUGCCCUCGUGCCCCGCCCUCUUCCCCCUUUGCAUGCCUCAGAAGUGCGACAUUGUACCAGCUGACAAUGAACCCAAAUGUCCCAAAUGUCCAGCCAAGCCCAACCCAGAGAUUCCUUUUGCCUCUCUCGUACAUGCGCCAGGCGCUCUCGCCGGCGGGUACAGCGGCCCAGGCCCCCCCGCUCGCAACCCCCCACAUGAUGCAAUGUCGCAAAAUGACAGACCGCCUCUGAAAGAGGAUAUGACAAGGUCGCUCCCCAAGAAGCCAAAUCGCCCUCUCUGCCCCUCUCUACCUGACAUCAACAUCAUCACCCCCACCCACCAUCCCAUCACGAUAAGCCGCCAAGCCAGCAGCAAUGCUUCCCAGCUCGCCAGCAAUGGGGGCUCUCCUCCUCCUCCUCGGACUUGCGACCUCUGGUCGGGGGUCCUCAGUGUGCGCACCAAACGUAUGCGUCAAGGGUGGAUCCAACUCGGAGACAACAACUAUCUCAUCCCUGGCACCUACGUCGGCAACUAUGACCCCGUGGUCUCUCUCAACCAGACCAUCAGCGCUACCACCACGGGUGUAGUGAUCCACCCGCCAUCCAACCCCAUCACGUUUGCCGCUACAAACUACAAAAGCAAGGUCACGCCGCAGACACCAGGAUCCUCUGCUUCCUCGUGGAACAGCUUCUUCCUUCCCGAGGGCUGGUAUGCGCUUAUCAACCCGGGCCAAGCGAUCUGGGGAUCCGUGCCGGACCGAAGCCAGUUGCUCGAUGCCAACCUUCCUAUUCAGCAAUUCGCCGCUGGUGAGCAAAAGCAACCCCGUUGUCUUGGCAUGUGGAGCGGCAUGUUGGGCUUACACAUCCAGCGCUUUGCCAUCCCAUCUGUUCAUCGCAUGGCAACUGCACAAUCACCAGCAGUACCGACGGCUAUACCGCCUCUUGUGUCUGUCAAGAGGGAUGGACCGGCGAGGCAUGCGACCAGUGUGCCACAGGAUACGCCCACUGGUCAUGCACACGUUGUAACUGCGUUCACGGCACAUGCGGGGCAAACGGCGUAUGCGACUGUGCGGCUGGCUGGUACACCAACCUCGAGCACUCGCCAGGACAGUGUAACCGGUGCUUGCAGGGCUUUUACGUCAACUCCAAAGGCGACUGUUCAGUCUGCCCCAAGGGAUGCGUUACUUGUGGUGUCGGCCCAGGGUUUACGGAACCCACAUGCUACUCGUGCGAGCCAAACCUCAACCUCUCCACCACCAUCCCCGCUACAUGUGGUGCCACGACCAACUGUGGCACUGGCAACUACUUUGCGAACCAGACCUCUUGCGAAAAAUGCGACCCAGCAUGCACUGCGUGCUACGGCCCAGGCUCGUCAGACUGCCUCGAAUGUGCCGCCGGGCACGCACUCUUGGGUGGCUCAUGUGUCGGCCUCGACCAAACCACUGGCAUCUGCGACUCGAGCCUGA